AUGUACUGGAAGCAUGAGAACGCCGCCCCGGCGUUGCCCGAGGGCGGCCCCGCCGCCGACCAGGUGAUGGCCCAGCCAGGGUCCGGCUGCAAAGCGACCACCCGCUGCCUUGAAGGGACCGCUCCGCCCGCCAUGGCUCAGUCGGACGCCGAGGCCCUGGCAGGCGCUCUGGACAAGGACGAGGGUCGGGCCUCUCCUUGUACGCCCAGCACGCCCUCUGUCUGCUCUCCGCCCUCUGCCGCCUCUUCCGUGCCGUCCGCCGGCAAGAACAUCUGCUCCAGCUGCGGCCUCGAGAUCCUGGACCGGUAUCUGCUCAAGGUCAACAACCUCAUCUGGCACGUGCGGUGCCUCGAGUGCUCGGUGUGUCGCACGUCGCUGAGGCAGCAGAACAGCUGCUACAUCAAGAACAAGGAAAUCUUCUGCAAGAUGGACUACUUCAGCCGAUUUGGGACCAAGUGCGCACGGUGUGGCCGACAGAUCUACGCCAGCGACUGGGUGCGGCGGGCUCGCGGCAACGCCUACCAUCUGGCCUGCUUCGCCUGCUUCUCGUGCAAGCGCCAGCUGUCCACGGGCGAAGAAUUUGGCCUGGUUGAAGAGAAGGUGCUGUGCCGAAUCCACUACGACACCAUGAUCGAGAACCUCAAGAGGGCCGCAGAGAACGGGAACGGCCUCACGCUGGAGGGGGCAGUGCCCUCGGAGCAGGACAGUCAGCCCAAGCCCGCCAAGCGCGCGCGGACAUCCUUCACAGCCGAGCAGUUGCAGGUUAUGCAGGCGCAGUUCGCGCAGGAUAACAAUCCCGACGCGCAGACGCUGCAGAAGCUUGCGGACAUGACGGGCCUCAGCCGGAGGGUCAUCCAGGUGUGGUUUCAAAACUGCCGGGCGCGUCAUAAAAAACACACACCACAGCAUCCUGUGCCGCCCUCCGGGGCACCGCCGUCCCGCCUCCCUUCAUCCCUAUCCGACGACAUCCACUACUCCCCAUUCAGCAGCCCUGAGCGGGCGCGCAUGGUCACCCUGCACGGCUACAUUGAGAGUCAGGUACAGUGCGGGCAGGUGCACUGCCGGCUGCCUUACACCGCGCCCCCCGUCCACCUCAAAGCCGAUAUGGAUGGGCCGCUCUCCAACCGGGGUGAGAAGGUCAUCCUUUUUCAGUACUGACGCUUCCGGCACUCGCGCAUCUGUCCAUGGGCACCC